AUGAAGCAGGCAGUCGAAUUUGAGGAGUGUCUUAAGGAUUCUCCCUGUUUUAGGUAAGAAAUGCGUUGUCAUGUUGGGAUUGUGUGACCCGACUGAGAGAUUUCUAGUAUGCAAGCGAGGAGUUCGUAACCAAGGUUUUCACUUUAAAAAUUUUUCUACCUUGUUUUAACGCGGUAUAGCGUCGGUCAGGGAAAUAAUUGUUUCUAUUAGUUAACCUGUAGACUAACUCCAGGGUAUGAAAUUUGAAGAAAACGAAAGCGCGAAAUCUGAUACCAAGAUGUCAUUUACUCGAACAUUUGAAAAUUUUCUUGAUUAUUCUCAAAGUUGGUGUUCAAAGGCCUCUUUCAUUGAAUGCUAAAUUAUUUUGUGAUAUAUUUAACUUCUAUUGAAGUGCUUAUUUUAUUAUUUUCUCAUACAAACAAGAGUACAAGCAUGUUUGGACGAAAAGGUGCAGAGGUUUGAAGGCGCGUAGAUGUAGCAUUCAAAUUUUGCGCACCCACAGCAAAGGUUGAAAAUUUUAAAGCUUACUUCUAAAAGCCAAAUCUGAUCACUUGCUUAGCGAGUCGGGCUUGGAUUAAAUAGAUUUAAAAGUCAUACGAUUUUGCAAAUAAAACACCUCAAACAGUGUUACGCUGUUUGAAACAUUUUAUUUUGUCUGCUAACAAUAAGUUAAGCUUACAAAUAUAAUCCAGCUGCGAGGACUGUGUUUAAACAUGUGAGUCAUUGAGAUUUGCUCUGCGACAGCUUUUAAGUUUCUCCUCACUUCUAAUAAACGCUUUUGGUUUAUUUUGUAUCCUCAGUUGAACAACUUUCAAAAUUUGAAUUUCUUUUUGCCAUUAUUUUUUUAACAAUAAUACAAAGAUGCUAGUUAGUCUCAGUGUACUAAGCAUUUUAUCAAUUAUUUAUUAGUAAUAUUGUCUAUUCAUAAUUACAGUGGAUAAAAGCCAUUGGCUUCAUUAUUUUCAAUAAAAAAUGAAACAUCGUUUUUAUUUUUGUCUUGACAUAUAACUUCCAAGUGCAUACCAUAUAUAAUUUUGUCAAGAUUUGCAUACAAACCACUUCAUAAUAAUAUAUAAUAAUAAUGAAUGUCACAUUGUUGCUAAGACAUUCUGUUGCUUAACACCACCACUCUGCUUCAAUGAGGAAGCAUAUGCAAAUUAACAUGAUUUAUAUUAAACUUAUUUAAAUUUUUGUUUUGUUGAGACUUUCCCCCCCAUUUCUGGCAUUUUAGAAACUACAACAUGACCACCUUAAAAUAUCAAAAGUGUCAGUAGCACACCUCCCUAGAAGCGAACUGAUCUUAUUAGAGAUCUAGGGGUGGUUCAGGGGUUUCGUCAAACGUCCUUAUGCUCAAACCUCAAACAAACCUUAGCAGUUUAAAGAUCCAACGACCCGGACGGCAACGAGGACUUCAAAAAAACAAUAGGUUUUAUAAGCAAAACAACAACUUUGCACAUGCAUCACGCUUGGUUGUACAUUUCUUUGCCCAUUUUUGCACAACUACAACGUGAAAAUGCCUAAUUUCACAUUUUAUGGAGUAUGUGAACAAGCAACGACAAAAUUUGUCUCUUUCUGAACCUGCUUGUGGUCCCUAGGAAUUCAACUCCAGGAGGGUUUGCCUGCAUUUGACGAAGUAAGUGGGUAGGAAUAAUUUGCGAUAAAGACUGAAAGAAUGCCUCUUAGGCGACGUUCUCGUGGGGGUCGCGUCGUUGGAUCUUAAAGUACUGUGUUGACCAGUUACGACUUCCAAGACAUCCCUGUUGUCUCUAUAAACCUUUUAAUCCUUCCUUCUGAUUCAUAUAUUAAUCUGUACAUGUACUGAUGCAAAGACAAACAUAUAUACAUGUAGUUAUAGUGGAUCUACAUGAUCCUAUAAACUUUACACCAAGAGGCCAUCUUCAGUAAUUCCGUUGAGAGUUACUGUUAUUUGCCAUUGUUUGCAAUCAUCCACGUAACUUGUGCCACCUUCAUUAAUUUUUAUAGGUUACAGGUUGAUCAAAAUGAACAUGACAUAAAUGUUUUAGAGGGAGCUUUGGAAAAGGUGAGCUCUUUGAAGACAUAAUAUUUUUAUGGUUUACAGAGAAUUUACACAAAAAAAUCUGACUAUGACUCUAAGACUUGAAUCCUACUUGGGGGUCAUUUUGAUUGUGGUACAUUUUCUUCCAGCCAAUUCUUUUUAUACUUUUAUCUUGGCUUUCACUUUUAUUUCAAUUUGCUGGCCAGGGUAAGUUAAUACAACAAGUAGGAAGGGGAUAACGUAGCUAAGGAUUUUCUAAUUUUAAUGAAUUUUUUUUAUGAAACUAGCUUGGGGUCUCCUUCAUAUGUAGUAACAACAGGGCUCGAAAAAAAGUCCCACCAGUAGUCUGGGGCAAGUAUUAUUUUCUUGCUGGGCAAGUAACUUUUAUACUUACUUGCCCACUCGGCUAGAGUCCUCUAACAAAAGUUUUAACUUAAGGCAAGAAGUGGCUCUGGCCAAGCACAGUGUAAGAGCUGCUCGACUAUUAAAGGACAAGCUAUAAUUCAAGUUUUUUCCGAGCCUUGACACCCGGGGAAAAUUGCCUGCCCCUGGCCUCUAAGGACAGCCCUGUAUUAUCUUAAUGGAGGGACACAAAAUUGCAUUUUAGACGUAAAAUACUAGGCAUAAUUUAUUUACACUGUAAGCAACACUAAAGUUUCAGUUUCUAAGGUUACUUUUAUGUUGUAAAAUUAACAUUGUUUUUGCUCUGAGUAAUAUUAACCUCAAUCUACUUACUUUUGCAUUUUCUUUUCAGCUUAUAAAACUUUGCAAUGGAAUGGUUGAGACUGGAAAACUGUUUAAUACAUCCACCAGGUCAGUCAGAGCUGCACUGCACACAGUGUAUAAAAGGUUAAAAAAAAACUGUAAAUUAUAGCAAGGGUAGCUUAAUGAAGGGUUGUUUUAUGCAUCUCUUUUAAUUUUUGAUCUUUUUUUUUAUUUUUCAGUGGAUUGGUGGGUGGUAUUGACAGUCUGAGAAAAUACUUUGAAGGAGAUGACCUUGUCUCCUCUACUCUUCAAAAGUUCUCAUGGGCAUUAUCAGAGCUCCAAACAUACCUGACAGUAAGUGAGAAUUGAAUGCUACAUUGUAGCAGUAAUUCCCCGCUCCAGGAACUAUAAAGGGAAUGGGUACAAGCUUUCAGUGCAGUGAUUUCUGGGAUUGUUUGGGUGGACAAGCGUUACUUAUGGUUGGUGGAUGAUAUUCAAGGCAAACAUUAACCAGUUGUAAGUAAUGUUUGUCCACCCAAUUGAUCCCAGAACGACUCCCAGAACCUGCACCAAAAUCUUGUACCCAACCUCCCUAUAGUUUCUGGAGUGGAGAAUUCUUUCAGUUGUUAAGUUCACAGAAAGAAUAUGAGGCUACCAUUUUGCAAAGGGAAUGAAAAUAUUAUUAUUAUAAAGAAUAAAAACCUAGAAACUAAUUCAUUUCUAAAAAUAAAGUUUCUGAUAUUUGGGACAAUAGCUGUAUGGAAUUAGACACUUUUUUUACCAUAAUUACCUAGCAUACUUGAUAAUUAUUCAUUGUUUUUUCUGUUACUAGAUUCUUUUGGAGCAAGCGCAGAGGUCUAUAUCCACAACUCUUCAAACUUUUAUAAAACAGUAAGUUGCUACGAUGUUGAUCUAUGCUGUAAAGUAGUGAUUUGUGCACACAGCAUAUCUAAUGCGCAUUGGGCAGCCUUUGAAAGUGUAUGCUUACUCUUUGCAAACUCAAACUUCUGUUUUUUGUUUGGACAAGUUGGAGUUCCAUGUGGGAGGUGUGGCAUGAAAUCUCCCUGGCCUAAAGAAUCUGCCAGAAAAUUAGUUUUUCAAUUUUCGUGACCGUACCUCAUUCCCUUCCGUGACAACUUAAGUACAGUUAUGUACAUGUACCCGCAUGCAUGUACAUGUAGUACUUCUCUCUGGAUAUACCUACAGGAGCCAUCAUCCUGUCAUACCCCCACUGUAGUGGUCCUUAGUAAAAACAAAAGUGAAGACUCAAGCUGUAAUCACUUUUUGACAAUCAUAAUACAAUAAAUUUUACUGGCAACGCAGUAAGUUAAGAUUGUAAACUGAUGCCACAUUUAAUUUUUUAAAAGUUGAUUCAAAUAUUUUCUUGUUUGUCACAGAGAAGUAAAGAAGGUGAAAGAGACCAAAAAACUGUUUGACAGAAUCAGUGAUGACCGGGAUAAGUGAGUAGCUUGUGCACUUUUGUUACAAGACAAAAGCAAUAAAUUUGUAGUAGUUUUGUUUUUGACUUCUCUGCAUUGUUUCUUCUUCCUUUUUUUCAGUGCUUUGACCAAAAAUGCACAACUUCAGCGCAAUUGUAGGCCAUCAGAGGCUGAAGAGGUACGGUAGAAAUGAAAAAAGGUCUUAUGAGGUCGUUAAAGUCAUCAAUAGAGAUGAGCAUGGGGAAGGUGCUUGUGGGGCUGUUGGGGCCCGAAAUGCAGCAAAGUACAAUACAUGUAACCUUGGCAACCACUAAGAGUGGUAUCCACCCAGGCACAGUCAUGCUUUAACCAGUUUAAUGUAACAUACUUACCUUCGGGAGGGGUGGGGUAGGGAGCAGAAAAACACUUGCAAACAUCAUCUUGCAUCUGUCUAUCUAUCGACAGGCAUAACGGCAUCCAAAUGUAAUGGCCUUCCCUCACGAGUGUGGCUGUAAUGAGCCCCUGUGAUGCAAUUAGGGCACCCGCACACAUCUCGGACGAGAGACAGGUGGCCUGCCAUUGUCUUGAGUUUAACUAAGCCUAAAGUUCAUUUAUCCACAUUGAGCUGGGGUGUAGUUGAGGGUUGCAGUUCUGAAAUUUGAAAAGCUGUGUUAGAAACAAGUCCAAAGCAACUUCUGAUAUAACACCAAACGUCUUAACAGGCAGCCAGCUAGCUUUGUCUCUCUUUUAAUAAUUUAGCAUCAUUGGUUUAUUUGGCAGGCAAAGAAUAUCAUCACUGCAAUGCAUUCCUGUUUCAAUCAUACAGCUUUGGAUUAUGCCUUUCAGGUUUGAUAUUAAGCAAAAUUUUUGUUGUUUCAUCCUUACAUUCUAGUUUUUAUUUUUAUUUUGUUUUAUACUUAAUGAUUCACACACGUAAUCCAAAGACCAAAAGGUAAAAUUUGAACCACAACAUUUCCACCUGGUGGAUCUAAAUGAACCCCGAUGGAAUUGACACAGGAGAGGGGCACUAAAAUUAUUGAAAUAAGGAUGCAUAAUUAUUGGAAUAAAUUCAGGAAAUAAAACAAUCAUUCAUGAUCCUGAAUUCAUACUUAGGGUUAAGAGACAAAAGAAACUUAGAAUCAUACUAAGUUGAAACCAUUGUAACACCAAUUUCAUUUUGAGCUACAACCUGUACACCUGGAUGUGCAUCAGUGAUUAAAUGAUAAUUGUUUGGUGUUUUAUUUAAUGUACCUUUCAGAUAAAUAUUUUGCAAUCAAGGAGAAGAAUUGAUGUCCUGGACAAUGUAAGUGAUAAUUUACUGUAGCAACAAAUUGUUAUUAACCCCUUAAGCCCUAAGAGUGAUCAGCAUCAAAUUUCUCCUUGUAAUAUCAAUUCUUUGUAAAACAGAGUCGUCAUGAGAAUUACGGACAUGAUCAUACAAGAUGAAUUUGCUUGAUAUUUUGUCAACUUCUCCGCACUACUUCGGUAGGAAAUGAAUAAGGGCAACAAAUGAGAAUUCAAAUUUUGAUCUCAGGGUUUAAAGGGUUAAAUCAUUAAUCAAGGAUAGCAUGAACCAAUGUGUUAUGACCAUAAUAAAUUACAAUAAUGCUUUGGACUCCAAUCACUUCCCAUAAAAAGGCUUGAGGAUUUACCUAGCAAUGGCAAAGAGGUGACAGUCAGGUAGACAGAAAUCAGCUGAGGUGGAUGUGACAAUGUUGCAUGAAAACCUGCGGGAAGUGGAGCGUCUGAUAGGAUCUCUACAUUUAAAAGAAAUUGUAAUGGAGCAAUGAAAUCAGAGAGAAGAAAAGCUGAAAGGUACAACUGGGGAACUGCAAGAGUAGCAGCCAGGGGCUUAAACCUGGAGGCAGAAUGUUAUGGCCUUACACAUACCUACUGUGAUAAUGAGCAAGGACAAUGACCAAUAAUUACCAUUACUUUCUUCUUUUUUUUUUCAGAUUUUAAAUUUCAUGCAUGCUCAGUCAACUUAUUUUCAUCAGGGAUAUGAUCUGAUGAAUGAUUUAGAUGUGUACAUGAAAACAGUUUCCAAACAGGUAAGUGAAAAGACACAAUAAAGUAUUUGUACCCUGUACCUAAAAUUUAAUUCAACUGGCAAGUUCUUUUUACAGAUGAUCUGAUUACAGAUGACACUUGCUGACAGAGAGAGAGAGAGAUUGUUAGGUUAAUUAAUGGCUUAAUAUUAUAUUGUGUUUAACAGAGACUGAGACGUCAUUAAGGAUCAAUAAUAAUGUUAUUCAGUUCUGGCAAGAUAGUUUGUCUGAUACAAAGCAACUAUGUAAUUGCCUGGUCUGAUCAGUUUGCUUUUCUAUAAACCCUGCAAGUAGAAAUUUGAUAGUGAAUGUUGAUUAGACUCUAAGGGUUAAGCUUGCAUGCAACACUAUCAUAGAGAUUUGAAAAUAGUGAUUACUGGUAGAGCUGGUCGCUAGUGAGAACUGAGAAGGGCUGCUUAAUAUGCAAGAGCUUACAACUCCGGAACUUAAGGGGAAACAGAUAAAAUUGUAUAACAAAUCCAGGUUUCAAACAAAAUGUCUCUGCCCACUCUGUUUGAAUUGUCUUAUCUUUGUGGAAUGAAGUGACUCUGCAUGUGAGAUUACUUGCUUGCUUGAUGUAACUCGUGCGGACCGUGUUUGAAAGCUUUGCUUCCUGAUCCAUUAGAGAAACCAUACAGACCUUGUAUUGCAUUGACAAAUUAAUUAAAUACAAUGAGUGAUGGAAGACCAUUGUCUCUACCACUCUUAUCCAGCCUUCCUUUUUUUUUUUGUAUUAUAUUCCAACUUGAUUCCUUUUUUUUUUUUAAAUAAUGCAGUUGGAAGAAAUGUCAACCCAGUUUACUGUUGACAAGAAAGAAAUGGAAGAAAGACACACUCUUGUCCAAAAAAUGGUAGGUUUAACUGUACUCUGUGAGUGGCAUUAAAGAAACAGUUAUGGAUGUUGAAUGUCAAAACUAUUAUCAUAGAUUGUUGCAUUGAUCAUCCAUUUAUAAAAUAAUAGUGAUGUUUAGAAAAACAUUCAAGGGUAUAUUAUAAUGUAUUUUUUUUAGUGAGGGGCCAAGUCUUGCAGCUUACAUUUUUGUAAACUUACAUGGGUUAUACGAUUCUCUGCAUUUGCGAAAGUGUGCAAAAAAAAAAAUUGCCUGGUAUGUAACUUAUCAUUUUUAUUUAUGUAGGAGGAGAGUGGAUCUUUAGGAAGAAGGACCAUUGAUGACCCAAGGUAUAAACAAUAUUCACCACUUGAUUUGUUAAUAAAAAUGUUAAAGUUUGCACUAUAUUUACUAGCACUAGAUAGGAGGGAUGGAUGCUUUUCCAUGUAAUUCACACUAUAUAAUUGAUAACAGCCUUUAAUAAUGACCUUGAAUUUGUUGUGUUGUAUCUUGCAGUGGUUUGGUGAUGGAAGGCUACUUGUUUAAACGCAGUAGUAAUGCAUUCAGGAGCUGGCAUAGGUGAGAAAAAUAAUAUCAGUGUUACAUGUAUGAACAUCUUGAAGUGUGUUUUCUUAAGAGUCAUUGCCUCGACUGCUUUGCAUUGAAAGUGUUGAAUAGCUUUUUAAACCUUUUUUUGUAGGAGGUAUUUUACUGUGCAAAAUAACCAGCUGAUGUACCAGAAACGAUUAAAGGUAGUUAAAAAACAUUCUCCUUAUUUGCCUUCAAAAUUUUGAUGAUCAUGACGUUGAUGAUGAUGAUGACAAUGGUGAUGGUGAUGAUUGUGAUGAUGAUGAUAAUUCUGAUGAUGGUGGUAGUGAUGACAACUAUGAUUAGUAUGUGUAAUCAAAUGUUGAUGAGUGAAAUUAGGGAAUAAUUUCACGCGCGUUUUGUCCAAAUCUCAGAGGCUCGGGAAAUUAUUAGGAUUUGGACAAAACUCAAGUGAAAUUAUUCCCUAAUUUCAAGACUCUACCAUUUGAUUACCUAUUAAUAUCAUGGGUGACAAAUUACGUUAUCAAUCUUGGAUUUUUUACAUGUUUAUCCUGGAUUGUAUCGAUCGAGAACUCCACUCUCUCAAAUGUUUAGACCUUAAAUUUGGCUUAUACAGUUCAGAAUUUUUCAGGCUAUUUUGGCAAAAUACCUGUUAGAAUCCUUCUUGAUGUUCUCUUGUGUGUUCAGGUUUUUUAAAGCGUCUUUUUGUGCCCUGACAUCUUCAUCUUCAUGGCGUUUUAAAACUUCGUCGCCAUCUUGACACUAAGACGUAGGGAAGGUUGCCAUGGCAAUUUUGUAAUUUCACAUGUGAAAUUACAAAUUAACGCUGAAAUUUCGCGCCAAGAUUAAGGAGUAAUUCGUCACCUAUGAUAUUAUACUGAUAAUGAUGUUCAAACUGUUGAUUUUAUUAAUGAUGGUGAUGGUGAUGUUGAUGAGUGAAUAUUAUGCUGUUGCUUGCAUGAAGCUGAUGUGCAGGUGGUACAGGCAUUGAUGAUGAUGAUGAUGAUGGUGAUGAAGAUACUAGUAACUGACUGAUAAUGGUUGCAAUGGUUAUGGUCCAUAAUGACCAUGAUCAUUAGCAUAUAUUUGACUUGAUACUACUUACUGUUUUGUAGGAUGACCAGACCGUGCUAGCAGAAGAUCUUAGACUUUGUAAAGUGAGACCUACUGAUGAAGCAAUAGAAAGAAGAUUUCUCUUUGAAGUUAUUUCACCAACAAAGUUAGUACCACUAGGCCAAACAAAUAAUGGUGCUUGGCCUGUAGGCUCAGGGGAAAAUAUAUAUGCAUAAAAAUGUUUUUUAAGGCUAUGUAAAAUGUAAUUUGUUGAGCCAUGGAAUACUUAAGAAAUCUCAAGAAUUUGCUUGAAUGUGUUUAUACUUUCAUGUUAUAUUUUUGGAAAUUGUAAAUGGUAGUUUUUGAGGAGAAUAAAAACUUGAGUACCAGGGGAAAAAAAUCAUGUACCAAGGGAGAGAACAUACAUGUAAACUAACUGGGUUUUGGCCUCAACUAUCAAGUCAUAGGGUUAGCUAUACUUGUGCACUGUAGGACUCUUGGAUACCCUUAGACAAAACUGGUUUAUAAUUAUUUUCUCAUCGUAUUUAAGGACAUGGAUCCUCCAAGCAGAUAGUGACUCUUUAAGGGCUGAGUGGAUGGAAGCUAUGCAGGUUAGUGUAAUGCUAUGACCAGGGCCCAGUUGUUCGAAGGCCGAUUUGCGCUUAACCUUGGGUUAAAUUUAAUUCGGGUUUCUCUUUCUUGUGUUCAAAAGCAUUUUCUCAGAUAAUUUUAUCUGUUAUAUUUAGAGCUUUCAAUCAUCAACUUGUAGACAAAAAGAAUUAAAACUGGAAUGUUUUUUAAGCUUUCAAAUCUGAAUUCAAAUCCUGCACUAACCCUGGGUUAUCUUAAACCCAAAAGUACUUGAGUCACUGUACCGUAUUUUGGCUUAAGUGGCCUCUCCAUGAUCUUGUGCUUGUGACCUGCCCUGCACCCCUUAAUAAAAGUUGCUAGCAAUACAAGACCAUGCUCAAAACUUGGAGGAACAACUUUGAAUGGAAGGGAGGGAGGAGGUCAGUAUUAUAUCUCACAGACCUGUGACUAUCAGAGAUUUAAAGCAAGAGAGGUUGUUUUCUCGUUGGAGUGUCCCAGCAAUUUUGCAACUGGUUGUAGCUUUUCAGUUAAUCCUCUGAAUAUUCUCGGUGGAAAAAAAUAUGGAUGGACUUCGUGCAUGUUUCUAGUACUGAAUGAAAUGUAAUGUGUAUAUAUUUUUUUGUGAAUUGUACAGGCCAGUAUAGACAAGGCUUUCAACAGCACAACAACUGGAGAGGCAGACAGCAAUGAGGUAAUAUGAAAUUGUAACUGUCAGAUAUACUAGAGAAGUAUUAAGGUCAGUGGUUUCUUGCCUCUACUGUACAGCUUAAAAAUUGUGAAGUUACAUUACAGAUUAUAAUUAUGUUAAAAUUGAAAUUUAAGAAUUUUGUGGUUUAUUAAUUUUGUUGUGAGUUUCAGUGACAAGAAAAGCCAAUGAGCAAUUUUCUAUAGCACUGUUUGCUGCUGCACAAUGUCAUUAAUUUUUACAUUUGUACUUUAGAAUGGAUGAAAUCCGUCAAGUCAUUAUUAUAACCACGCAUGCAAAUUUAAUAAAAUUAUUAACAGCUGAUGUGCCUAUAGUUUGAUUUAGUGUGACACUGUUGGAUUUAAAUGAUUGUUUUUAUUUCUUUAUUAGUGUCUUCAAAAUAAUUCACUUCACCUCACCUCACCUCUGCACACUCUACCGUUAAGUUAAGCAUGAAGGUAUUCAUACUUCUCCAACAACAUCAAUGCCACAUCCUUUGCAAAAGUUCUUGCCUAAUCUCAUGUUACCCAUCCCACCUCUGUUCUCUUCUUUUCUACCCUCCUGUGCCGAAUUUUUCACUUUCCACGAGGGGUCCAAGACAGUGCUGUGAAACAUUGAUGUCCUGUUUGCGUAUACAACACAUGUCCAAGCCACCUCAAUUAUCUCCUCUUUGUGGCAUUACCUUUCCUUUCAAAAAUAAUGCUCUGGGAAUAAUUAUAUGGAAAUAAAAAGUAAAAAAGAGUGAUUUUUUACUUGUGUUUGUAUGUCAUGUUUUUUUGCUUGUUGUUUUUAGACUGACUCUCUUGGCUCAGGGAUCAAGAGCAAAAGUGUGGAGUCUUUAGACAAAAUUGUUGGACCACAAAGGUAAAUUGUUAUAGUAAUCAUUUAACAAUAUCAAUGAAAACUUUGUAACUUGUUGGGACUUCAGGUCCUUGUAAUAAAUCUCUGUCUGCUUUUUCAGCUAAAAUUUCAAUUACACAAUAGCACUCCGGUGUGUAGAUGUGCAUGUUUUGCUUCAAUUCUUUGUAGACUCUAUCAAUGUGCUACAAGUCUAAACAAAAUUUGAUUUUUUUUACAGCAUUCUGGAGCAAAUCAGGGCAGUUACUGGAAAUGACAAGUGUGCUGACUGUGGAAGUUCAGGUACUUAAUUUUCAUUAAUUUUCAACAAAGCUCUCUCACUUUGGUUCAAUGUUGAGCAUCUUCAACAACAUUUUAAAUCAUAAACUCAGUGUCCUAGGAAACUAUUCGCAACAUCAUGUAUAAUAAUAGAAAAAAAAUUACAAUAAUUAUAAUGUACUUCAAAAUCAAAUUAAAUUUUUAUUUUUGAUAACUAGCUUCUCUUUGUUUUACCCUGCAGAUCCAACCUGGGCAAGUACCAACUGGGGAGUUGUGCUGUGUAUAGAGUGUUCAGGGAUUCAUAGGUGCAGUAUAGUAUCACAGACUGUCCAACCAUCCUGAUCUCAUCAGGAUUCUCCCAAUUUUGCUUGAAAAUCCAGAAUCCUGACCAACAUGCGAUCCUGAUUUUGACAUCUGUUAUUUUGAAAUGAAUUCUUACUUAUAAUGAUAUUUUUACGAGAACACCUAACAGAGUUUAUACAGAAAUUGUCCUCUCCGAACCCUAGAAAUGGCCUUUCAGAGAAUCAAGAUUCCAACACUUUCCAUGGGAGCAUGCUCCCAGACCAACAUCCAGCUCACACCCUCGGCACUCACGUGAUUCGUCAGUGAUAUAAUAUUUAGAUUUUACAAACUCAAAAGGUUGGACGGUCUGGUGUCAACUUUUAUGAUUGUUGUCAUUAAUUUUACUGACUUUUCUUGACUUCUGUUUGUUCUAGGAGCUUGGGUGUCCAUGUGUCAAAGGUGCGGUCCCUAACGCUUGAUGCGUGGGAACCAGAGCAGAUUAAGGUUAAUGAUUCACACUUGUUUUAAUCUGUUUUUUAAUUAAUUAAUAAUAAACUAGUACAUAUUAUUAAUGAAAUAAUAAUAAUAAAAUAAAAUUGAUUAUUACCUUGGAGUAUGUACUCAAGUUAGAAUUGCCAAUGCCAAAGCUCAGAAAUGCUUUGAAGGUUUUGCAUUUUUUUACAUUUAUUUUGGUGCCCAUUUCAAGAGAUGGUCAAGUCUUGUGUGCGGCUUAGCUUAUUGCACGUGUGAAUUUUGGUAAAUUUUAUGAAUUCAUUCUACUUUGGUCUGUUUUGAUAAAUUUUUCUGAUUACUUGGUUAAAAACAUACCAUGCAAUUGCCAAGUUUCUGCUAGCAUGAGCACUUAAAAUUUUUAAGUAGUGAGUUCACAUGAGAACUAGUUGACAUUGCAGGCAUAUACUUGUAAUAAUAAUACUCACUUCAUGCAAAAACAUCCUCUGACCCUUUGAUUUCAAUUUGCAUUGAGCCCUCCCUUUUUGCAUUUUAUUGCUUAUGAUAAUGUGAGAGCUUUUGAACUGCGGAAAUGAAUAAUUUUUUUUUUCAUUUUUUUAAAACAAUUUUGUUGUUAUCUUUGAUCUUCUAUAGCUAAUGACUGAGCUGGGGAAUGAGUUGGUCAAUGGAAUCCUUGAAGCAAAAGUUGAUGCUAUGAGUACAAAGAAACCUACUCCACAAAGCAGCAGGUACAUUGUACUGAUCCUGAUGGUUCUUCGUUUGUUUCUUUUGUGCUGUGUUACAUUUUCAUGCGAUGUCAUCCACUAGGGGUCGAGUGGGUUAGGGUCGUACUCAGGGUUCUCAAUAGAAGGCGGCACCCGGCGAUUGAUCGCUGCUUACUUUGGGAUUUAUAGCCGCUUACUUUGUGUUUAGGUCGCUUUUCUUUGCUUUGUUUUGACACCUCUGGCUUUGCUGAAGAGCCUCCUACUUUAUCAGUGAUCACCUCCUACUUAAAAAUCUAUUGAGAACCCUGGGUACUUGACCCAUAAGCUUAGUAGGUAGCAUUGUACACUCCCUUAAGACUGUCAAACCCUCACUCUGUUAAGUUCACAAUAAUUUUGUGCAUAAAUUUUGCAGUUCACUUUGAAUUACCCAAUAGCACCCUUUUUACAACUUCCUUUGUGGAGUAUUUGAUGAUCUUUGGUUGACAGAGUGGUUUAUUUUGUCUCGAUCUGGCUCACAUUCCUCACCGGCUUACAGUUUGUAACUACAAUCUGUCAAACACUAAUUUUUGUACGAAACUUUAAAUCAAAAUAAUAUUAAUAUAUUUUUAAUAAUGUAUUGGGCGUUGUGUACUGUUUCAGAGGUGAACGUGAAGCUUGGAUCAAAGGAAAAUAUUCACAACAUAAGUUUGUAUCACUGGAAAUCUUUCUCACAAAGUGCCAAAAAUUAGACAAAGGAAUCAUAAAAAACCUUGCCAGAAUGAAAGUUUACCAUGAGGAGAAAGGCAUUGAAAGAACUGACUCAAAGAAGAGUAAGAUUCUCAGAAGAAAGCUUGCUCUUAAAGGACAUAAGUCCAAGGCCGACAAGAGAAAGAGUGCUCCUCCAAGCGUGUUUUUAUCUGAUCUUACAACUAAAGACUAUGAGAACUUGGAGAAAAUGGCUUCUAGUUUACUUGAACAAAGCAAUGAUGAAGUUAGUAACUGUAGUAGUGACUCGCAUGAUGACGAAAGACCAGAAGUUGUCUCUCCUGAUGAUGCUAGCAGACCAAGAGCAUCCUCUGUCAGUGGUACAAGGUCUAUGUCCUUUGAAGAUGGUAGGGACAGAGGAGAUUCUGUUGGCUCAAAUUUGAGUGACGAUGGUUUGGUCGCUAGUGAUAAUGGUGAGGUUGAGGCUGAUGAGGAGAAAAGUUUGAAGGAAGACAAGGUGAAAGCUAUAGCAGUGCUUAAAAGGAUCCACCCUAGUAGGGUAGGUAUAAAAGACACUGGUUAACAAGUUCAGUAAUCUUAUUUUAAGCUUCAUCGCUGAAAUGACAAGUAGGCAAGAUAAAGCAAACUGUGACAGUGGUCUGAUUGGUUCACAGAGUGGGAGAGAUGAGCCCAUCUUGUCUUUUUGCAUUGCCCAUGGUGGUCCUGCAAGUAAAAGUCCUCAUUUUGGCCAGCCAUCUUGAUCUCCCACUUAGUCAAUAAUGCAUCUGUGUUUGUACUCCCAUAAAAUGAAGUGGGUGUUGGGCCGCUAGCAGUUAACACUUCGAAUUUCAGAUCUGCAGGUCUGGGCUCAAACCUUGCCGCUGCAUUGUUUCUUUAGCAGCCCUGAGAAAACAGGUGACAUUUUGCAAUGCCACGGGUGGUUCCCCCCGUGAAAUAACGUCUGAGAAAUGAGCACAGAAAUUCCAUACUGAUGACCUAUCACUACCCAGAUCUAGGUAGUGUUUCUGAUUGAUCAUGCCGUGUGGGAAAUUUGCUUCAAACCAUCAGAAGCACUACCCAGAUCUGGGUAGUGACACAUCAUCAGUAUGGAAUUUCUGCACUCAUUUCUCAGAUGUUAUUUCGCAGGGAAACCACUGGGGAGGUCAUGAAAUGUCGUCUUUUUUCCCAGGCUAUUUCUUUAGACAAGAAACUUUGCUCCACUGUUUGCCUUCACCAAGGGUCAAAUUCAGUAGAUUUUAUUAUAGUGUUAUUACAACUGUUUGAAGCCACCUUUUUUUUGCUCUUAUUCACAGCUACUGUUUAAAGCUGCAGAGUGGAAAAGUCUGCCUCUGAUGGCAGCAUCCCUGGCAGAAGGUAAAAAUAUAUUUUAUAACAGUUUGCUGGGAUUUAAUUACCAGUCAGCUCUUUUGGAUUGUGCACACCACUGUGAUACCAUCUUUAUGGGCAGGACAUAGAAUUUCACUUAUGUUACGUGUAGGAUCUUGUACAGAGUUUCAUUCUGCAUGGCAAGCCUUGAACAGGGUUUUUAAACAUUGUCACUGCACCGUCUUGACUGUGUUGUAUCCAAACAAUUUUUUUUUUUAAUAAAGGCAAUUAAUGCCAUACUACUGUACAUAAUAAUAUGUAAUUAUGUCUUUGAAAAUUGAAAUGAAUAAGGGUCUCUUACAUGUAAAAUGGUUUCUUGUCUUAAACAAGGUUGUGAAGUGAGUGGAUUUUGCCUUGAACAGGUUCAGGGUUUGAAGGUCUUGGCAGCUCCACCCUACCCAAACCUUUCCCCUUCCCCUCCCCCUUCCCAUUACCAAAAGCAGACCCCAUAAAUAGUGGUCACUGCCUCAGAAACUCCCAAACUCCUCCCCUCUCCCCUUACCACCACCAUCCCUUUUGUUUUUCAUAAGGAGCCUGUAUCAAGUAGACACCUCUACUGAACUGACACUAGGAAGGGUCCUGUCAGUUUUCUGUUUGGUUUCACUCUGUUAUUCAUUCUGCGAGUAACAGGAGCAAAUAUCUUUACAGUUGGUUCUCUACUGUUCUUGUACAUUAUGUUGUGUUUACUUUACAUUUUCAAUAUUGUUAUCAGGUGCAAAGGUUAACUGGGUAAAUGAAGAUGAUGAAUGUAAAACAGCCCUACACCAGUCUAUCCUUGGGGUAAGAUUGUGAGCUUGCUUUACAGGCUUCUCUCAUUUUUGAUUAGGAAGUGUAAGUUAAUUGUUUGUACAGACAAAUCCGCUUUACGGACACUCGCUUGAUACGAUACCUUAUUAUUACGGACGGUUUCAGCAUGCAAAGAAAGUCGUGUCCAAUAGCCCUGGGCCGGUAGAUUUUCUGUCGGCUAGUGAUUUUUGUUCUUAGCUUGCCAGAUGGGCAAGUGCUGUUUUUUUGGGGAAAUUCAAAUUACAGAAGGAUUGUAAUCAAUCCUGCUAAUCAAAAAGGGUUUGGGGGCUAGUUGAAAUGACUUGUGGGCUAGUACAUGCUAGCUACAGUUUGCCUGAAUGUCAGGCUGUAAAACUGUCAAAGACUUUCUUUGCACCCUGCAGUUUGCUGUGUCCCUGGGGAAGGAAAGCCCUUGCCUUUUCCUUUAACUCAACUUGCCUAAUACAUAUACCUCGUCUACGCAGCCACUUUUCAUGGCCCCUCAAUGUCAGUAUUAACAGGAUUUGCCUUUACUAAAUAAAAGAAAUAGAGCAGCGGAAGUAUAAUAUAUCCCGUCAAGCACUCGGGUAUUUAAAAUGUGAAAGCUUUAUUAAUUUACGCUUAAGUUUAUUCUUUUCACUGUAAGACUUACAUACUGAUGAAAAGUUUUAAUCUUAGUAAUGAAAAUUUUAUGCCUAUAAUACCAUAACCAGUGCCAGAUCCAGACCUUGAGAUAAGGGGGAGGACCGGUCUCCAAAAAAGAAAAUUUUUGACACUUCGGGCCUCAGUUUGGUCUAGAAAUAAGGGAAGGGGGGCGGCGGCGGGGGCGGGGGCGGGGGCGGAGCCCCUCCCCUGGAUCCGCCACUGAUAACCUGCAAUCAGACAUGCUUUUUUGGAGUGAUAGCACAAAAGUUGCCUCAAAAACGAAAAGGGAGGAAGGACCCCCUGAUUGCAGGUUAAUAAUGAUACCACUCUUUACAGAUCAUUUACAGUCAAGGCAAGGGCUAGCUACUUGGCCCUUGUCAUCAGUGACUGUUUCUUGCUGAAUGUUAUUUUAAAAGCUCCUUUCAUUACAGGGAUCAUUAUCAGCUUGCGAGUUUCUGUUACAAAAUGGAGCCAAGAUUAAUCAGAAGGACAAACGUGGAAGAGGUGCUCUGCAUCAUGCUGCUUUACUGGGGCAAACAGGGUAAGCAGCUUAUUUGUAUUAUUAAUUAGUGGACUAUCUGAUACAGUCAGGCAUCUGCUAGAAUGUAUCUGAGGGUGCAUUCCUUUAAGAUGAUCCGGAUCAGGAUCAUUGAUCAGAGAUCACUCAGAUUAUGGUAGAUCAAAUGAACCCAUGAAUCCGCUAUUAGGAUUCACCAGUUCAUUUGAUCUACCAUGGUGCGAGUGAUCUCGCAUCACUGAUCCUGAUCCAGAUCAUCCCAAAGGAUCACUCCCUAAAAUCCAAUAAAAUUACAUUAAUAGAAACUUAAAAUUAUUGGUUUUGCAACAUCCACACUUAUGUAACACCACUGAAAUGUUAUACACUUAUACAGUCGUAGUUGUCAAUUUAAUGAAGAGUGUGUCCAUGCUAACUCACUGAAUGAAAACUCCCACCUUUAAAAUUCAUUUUGAUAUACAAAUAAAACAAUUUUAUUCAUUUUAUUUUCCAGUCCCACUCUUCUGUUUUUGAAGCGAGGAGGCAAUCAACACGAUGUUGAUGAGAAUGGAGAGGUAAAUAUGAGUGCUAUAAUGUUAAAUUAUUUUGUCAACUCAAACCCAGUCUUCAUUAUUUAUCUAUUUUUUUUUGUCUAUUCAAACCCCUGAAAUCUGGAUUCUUUUACUAACAAUUUAUUUGCCUUUUUUGCUAGGAUCCUCUAACUAUUGCUGUGAAGCAGAUGCAUGCAGAUAUAGUCACUCUGUAAGUAAAGUAUUUGGCUUCAUUUCUUGCAGAGGACUAUCCCUUUGAAGAGGAAAAACCUACUGGAAUACACUAGCAAAAUGAUGAUUUUAUGCAACAUCACAAAUGUAGAAUGAGAAAAUAACAUGGAUCUUUUUUUAGUUAUUUGCCGUAUUAUUCUUGCUUUAAUCUAAGGUAAAUUGGCUAAAAUCCAAAAAAAAAAAAUUACAAAAAAAAUAAUGUCCAGACUGUGAUAUUCAUUGUUGUGGGUAAAAGAUGCAUCCAGAAAUGACCAGUAUCUUAGUUGUCGAACAUGUCAUUACAUAAUAAUAAUUUAAUUUUUGUCACAUUGUAAUUCUCAUUUUUGCCCGCACACUUGUUUGUUGUCGUCGUCUAUAGAACGAUAGUUCCCUAAAAGUGACACUGUACUGCAACUGGACUUUAAAGUUAUUUGAAGUCAUGAUGAAAAUAUUUAAACAUUUAACAUUGAUUUCUGUAGUGAAGUAAACUCUUACCUAAACUUGCCAUAACUGAAAUAAUAUUAAUUUUAUUUUGUAGGUUGAGACUGGCAAGAUUGAAUGAUGAAAUGAGAGAAAGUGAUGAGAUCAGUCGAGGUAAACUGUGUUAAAUAAUUUUUUAUGCUUAUUAUUGUCAGGUCUAGAGAAAAAUAAAUGUCUUACUUGCAGUUUGACUGGCCUACAAAGGGUUUGUGCUGGUAAAAUGGUCUGAAAUUAUAUGGAUCUUGCACUUUUAAGUUUAUUGAUUUUAAGUGAAACCCCAUAACUGAUAAAAUGAUCGAAGAGAAAAGGUAUGCCUAUCAACCUAGAAAGCAUUUUUGCCUUAUUGCGUGUGUGACUGCAUGGUAUUUGUCUUCAUUUUUUAUCCAUUUGUGACCCGAAGUUUUGCCUUUAGGCUUGUUCAUGUUAUUUUUCAUGGAGAGUUGAAGUUGCAUUUGUGAUUUAUUGCAGGUGAUAAUACCUUCUUUGAUGUAUUCAGAGAUUUUUCAAACAUGGCUUCCAAGGAACCCGACAGGCUGAAAAGGAAGUUUGACUCAAAAGAUCCAAAUAGGCAGACACCAGUGUGA